AUGAAGAUGGAGCCUUUUGACGGCUGCUCGGGGGCGCUCCACGUGGCAUACCAGUUCGCAGAGACCAUCUUCAUCUACCCCAUCACUCCCACCACGCCUCUCGGUGAGGGCGCCGACCAGCUCGCGACUGGCGGCAAGACCAACGCCUUCGGAAUCGUGCCCAAGGUGCAGCAGAUGCAGUCUGAGGCAGGGGCCGCCGGCGGCGUCCAUGGCACCCUGAGCAUCGGGGCGAUGUCGACCACCUUCACCGCGUCGCAAGGCCUGCUGCUCAUGAUCCCCGUUCUGUACAAGCUCGCGGGUGAGCUGCACCCGUGCGUGCUCCAUAUUGCCGCGCGCGCCAUCGCGGGGCAGGCCCUGGCCAUCUUUGGGGACCACUCAGACGUCAUGGCAGUGCGCCAGACUGGCAUGGCCCUUUUGUCCUCGCACAGCGUCCAGGAGACCCUGGACAUGUCGCUCGUGGCUCACAUCGCGACGCUGCUGUGCUCCGUGCCCUUCAUCCACUUCUUCGACGGCAUGCGCACCUCGCACGAAAUCCAGAAGUGCGAGGCGAUUACCGAGGAUCACAUCAAGGUCGUGGUGGACCAGCUGAAGGACCAGAUCGACGCGUUCCGCGCCAAGGCCCUUAACCCCAAUCAUCCCACCCUGCGCGGCACCGCACAGUGUGGAGAUAUCUUCUUUCAGAACGUGGAGAGUGCCAACAAGUACCACGACGCCGUGCCCGAGGCGGUUCGCCAGGCCAUGGUGUGGGUAAGGGAGCUGACAGGCCGCUCCUACGACAUCUUCGAGUACGUCGGCCACCCGUACGCUACCGAUGUGGUGGUCAUCAUGGGCUGCGGCGCGCAGGUCAUGGAGGAGUUGAUCGACCACUACGGCCCUGGCAAAAAGGUCGGCAUCGUCAAAGUGCACCUCUACCGCCCCUGGAGCGCGCAGCAUUUCCUCGCUGCAGUGCCGAAGACCACCCGGCGCGUGGCCGUGCUGGACCGGUGCAAGGAGACCGGCCUCGGCGAGCCGCUCUACACCGACGUGUGCGCAACCUUCUUCAGCAUCCCGGCGGCGAAGCACAUCAGGGUCAUCGGUGGCCGUUACGGCCUCGCGAGCAAGGACUUCACCACGGGCAUGUGCCACUCCAUCUUCGAGAACCUGGCGAAGGCGAAGCCCCAGCACCCGUUCACGAUCGGAUUCGAGGACGACGUCACGUUCCUGAGCCUGAAGUAUCCAGCUGUCUCUGGCACGAUGGCGGAUACCGCCAUGAACACAGUGCCAGCGGGGACCGCUCAGAGCGUGCUGUACGGGUUUGGCUCCGACGGAACCGUGGGCGCGAACAAGAACGCCAUCAAGCUCAUCGCCAAGGAGACAGAUUUGUAUGCUCAGGGCUACUUCGCUUACGACGCGCUCAAGGCCGGCGGCAUCACCUGUUCCUUCCUGCGCUUUGGGCCCAAGCCCAUCAAGAGUUGUUACGAGAUCACCGCGGGGGCGAAGUACGUCGGGAUCCACAAGAAGGAGUACGUGAAGUCGUUGUCUGCGGAGUCCAUGCUGAGCUGCCUCGAGCCCGGGGGCAUUCUGGUUCUCAACUCGCCCUGGACGACCCCCGAUCUCUUGAAGCAGAACCUGCCUCUCGCGUUCCGGCAGUACAUCAAAGCCAAAGGCUUCAUCCUGUACAACAUCGAUGCGACCGGUGUAGCACGCAAGGCUGGGAUGGGGCGCAUGAUCAAUAACAUCAUGCAGACGGUCUUCUUCCACUUGGCUCAGGUCAUGGACGCGGACUUGGCAAUUUCGAUGUUCAAGAAGGCAGUCGACAAGACUUACAAGAGCAAGGGCCCCGAGGUGGUCCGGAAGAACAUCAACGCCAUCGACAUGGCGCUCGGCGAGCUGUUCGCGAUGGACCUGCCGGACGACUGGCACGUCCCGCUGCCGGGCGAGGUGGCCGUGCCGGUGUUCUCCAAGGUGCGCGGGCCCGAGGUGCCCGCCGAUGUCUCGGAGGUGCUGGACAAGAUCCACUGCCGCGACGGAGACUCCAUCCCCGUGAGCAAGUUCGAAGCGGGGGGAGUCGUGAAGCUCGGCAUGACGCAGUGGGCGAAGCGCGGGGUCGCGGCCAGCGUGCCGGUGGUGGACCUCGACAAGUGCACGCAGUGCAACAAGUGCGCUGCCAUCUGCCCGCACGCGGUGAUCCGCCCCUUCCUGGCCUCCAACGAGGAGCUCAAAAAGGCGCCCGGGAGCUGGGAGGUCCGCAAGGCCACGGGUGGCCACCAGAUGGCCGGCCUCAGCUUCCGCAUCCAGGCCUCGCCGAUGGACUGCACGGGCUGCGAGGUGUGCGUCACCACGUGCCCAGACAACGCCCUGAAGAUGGCCAGCAUGGAGGAGGUCGUCGCGGGCGGGCACGCGGACAACUGGAACUUUGCCAUGUCGCUGCCGGACAGGGCCGGCAGGUUCGACAAGUUCUCCAUCAAGGGCUCGCAGUUCAACCAGCCGCUCCUAGAGUUCAGCGGCGCCUGCGAGGGCUGCGGCGAGACGCCGUACGCCAAGCUCAUCACGCAGAUGUUCGGCCAGCGCAUGAUCGUGGCGAACACCACCGGCUGCAGCAGCAUCUGGGGCGGAACCGCCGGCUGGGUCCCGUACACCGUGCACAAGGACACGGGCAAGGGUCCCGCCUGGGGCAACAGUCUCUUCGAGGACAACGCGGAGUACGGCUUCGGCAUGGUGCUGGGGAUGAUCCAGCGCCGCAAGCACCUGAGCUCCGCCGUCGAGGGUGCCUUGGCCGAGGGCGAGGCGAAGAGCGACGCAGCGCUCCGCAAUGCCCUGGAGCAGUGGUUGGAGCGCAAGGAGGAUGGCGACAUGAGCCAGAAGUUCGGCGACGAGAUCCAAGCUAUCCUCGGGGCGCAGAUGAAGGGCGGCGCGAAGCUGACCGAGAAUCUCGAGACCAUCUGGCGCCUGCGCGACAUCCUGACGAAGCCAGCCAUGUGGAUGUUCGGCGGAGACGGUUGGGCGAACGAUAUCGGCUUCGGAGGUAUCGACCACGUCGUGGCAGUCGGUGAUAACGUUAACUUCAUGAUCAUGGACACGGAGGUCUACUCGAACACGGGCGGCCAGAGUUCCAAGGCCACUCCGCUCGGCUCGGUGGCGAAGUUCGCGCAGAAGGGCAAGCGCCAGCAGAAGAAGGACCUCGGUGGUUGCUUCAUGUCCUACCAGAACGUGUAUGUGGCCUCGGUGGCCAUCGGGGCGAAUUUCCAGCAAUGCGUGCGGGCUUUCCAAGAGGCAGAGGCGCACCCAGGGCCAUCGAUUGUGCUCUGCUACUCCCCGUGCAUCGAGCACCGCGCCAAGACGGGCAUGUCCCAGAUGGGGAACGACCAGAAAGCGGCGGUAGACUGCGGCUACUGGCCCUUGUACCGCUACGACCCGAAGCUCGAGUCUCUGGGCGAGGCGCCCUUCCAGCUGGACUCCAAGACGAUCUCGGGCAAGGUGGUCGAGUUCCUGCGCACGCAGAACCGCUACGCGCAGCUGGAGCGCUCUCUGCCCGAGGACGCAGAGAUGCUGCAGAAGGACCUCUCCGACCACCUCUCGAAGCGCCACGCGGCGAUGAAGCAGCGCUCCGAGCAGAAGCCAGUGGGCGCCAGCACAGAGGUGGCCGCCGGCCCACCGCUGGUGGUGCUGUACGGCUCGGAGACAGGCACCGCCGAGGGGGUGGCGAGGCGCUUCGUGCGCGCCGCGAAGGAGCGCGGCUGCACGGUCCCGACGUGCACCGAGCUCAACGACUGCUGCGAGCUCGAGACCAUGGACGCCUCCACGCUGGUCAUCUUCAUCGCCACCUGCGGCGACGGCGACAUCCCAGCGAACGCCCACGGUUUCUGGGAGUACCUUGAGAAGCUGAGCCCUGGCCAGUUGAGCGCGCACAGCUUCGUGCUGUUCGCGCUGGGCGACAAGGGCUACCCCAAGUUCUGCGAGGCUGGCAAGAUGAUCGACGGUAGGCUGGUGAAGCUGGGUGCCAAGCAGCUGCUCGCCAUGGGCAUCGGCGACCAGUGCGACGAGGACGGCUGGGAGACUGGCUAUUCCAGCUGGCUGCCCGGCGUCAUGGACGCCGUCAAGGCGCCACCGCCUCGGAAGCGUGACGGGCCGCCUCCAGCGCUCUUCGACAUCGAGGAGCACGCCGGCACCAGCAUGAGGCCCCCCAAGCUGUGCCCGCCAGGGGCGCUGCUCGCUGAGAUCGAGGAGAACCGCCGCAUGCCUCCGCCGGACUACGAGCGCGACAUCCGGCACUUCUCCCUGUCGAACAAGGACGUGGACCUGGUUUGGCACCUCGGCGACGCCAUCGGCAUCUACCCGGAGAACCUGCCUGCCGACGUGGAGGAUGCCCUUGCGUGGUUCGGCUACGACGGGGAUGCCGCGGUGUCCGUGAAGCUGCUGUGCGACGCCUCGGACGUGAACGCACGCUUUGCCGCCCUCAGCAGAGAGAGAACCACAGCCCGGCAGCUGCUGACGGAGGUCGUAGACCUGUUCGGGCGUCCGUCCAAGGGCUUCUACGCGCAGCUCUCCGAGUUCUGCACGGAUCCCAAGCAGAAGGCCGAGGUGCUCCAGAUCGCUGGCGGAGACGGCUACAAGGCCAUGCUGGAAGAGUCCAUCAACUACUUCGAGAUCUUCAAGAAGUUCCCGAGCGCGAAGCCUUCGCUCGCCCACCUGCUGGCUCUCGUGCCCCCUAUCAAGUAUCGCCUCUACUCCAUCGCCAGCAGCCAGGACCUCAUCCCUGGCAAGGUGGAGCUCACCAUAGUGAUCAACAGGUGGCCGACGAAGUCAGGGGUCCUCAAGACUGGCACCUCCACCAAGUACAUCGCAUCGCUGCCAGUGGGCGCCAGGGUGGCGUGCACGAUGACGGUGGGCACCUUCACCUUCCCCGACGACAAGGUGCCGAUGGUGAUGGCCGGCUUGGGCACUGGUAUCGCUCCCAUGCGAUCCUUUGUGCAGGACCGCUACUACAAGAAGACGGUCCUGGGCAAGGAGGUCGGCCCGAUGAUCCUCUUUUACGGAUGCCGCCACGAAAGGGAGGAGUUCUUCUACAAGGACGAGUGGGAGAAGUACCAGAAGAGUGGCGUGCUGACGGAGAUCGUUUGCGCGUUCUCGCACGACAAGCCGCACUACCCUCCCAAGAUGGUCUUCGUCAACCAGAAGAUGGAGGAACACCUCAGCAUGAUCGGCAAGUACAUGGGCGAGCUCGGCGGCUACUUCUACAUGUGCGGUCUGGCAGUGGCAGCUCCUGGUAUCGAGACGGCCCUGAAGAAGGCCAUGAUCGGUGCCGGCAUCGUGAAGGCGGCCGGGGCAGACGCCUGGAUCGAGGACCUGAAGAAGUCGGGCCGCUACAGCAUGGAGUCGUACUGA